AAGCUUGGACAAUUAGCAGUACGACUCAGGCCGCCAGACGCUCCGAGGCUGUACGAGGCUUGUACGAGGGAGGACAAGCUGGUGGACGCGCAGGAGAAGGAGCUUCUCUGAGGACACACAUGGCUGGAUGACAUGAUGUUAUUCUCCCUUCCCCCUCCCACUCCUCCCUUCCUGGUUUUCCUUCUCUUCCUUCACUCCCUACCUCAGCCUCUGCUUUUCUCACCCCUGUCCUACGUCCCGCUGAGCUGGACCUCGCCUCACGACCCCUGUUACCACCUGGACGGUCGUCCUCGCCACUGUCUAUCCGAGUUCAUCAACGGCGCCUACGGGGUGGCCGUCAACGCCAGUCGCUCACUCCAAGGCUCGGAUUUCGACGGCAACGUCAGCGCCUUGACCGACCUUCACAAUCCACACAACCUCACCUGCUGGCACGCUCUAGGGGGACCGAGGAGUGGGGACUGGGUCCUCACCGUGCCCCUGGGGCGGCGCUUUGAAAUCACCUACAUCAGUCUGCAGUUCUGCCAUCAUGGCGAGCCAUCGGACCCCAUCUCCAUCUCCAUACUCAAGUCCAUGGACUUCGGGCGCACUUGGAGGCCCAUGCAGCACUACUCUAGUGACUGCUUUGGGGAUUUUGGGCUUCCCUCCCAAACGAUGGCUCAAACCCGGCACCAGGAAACCGAACCACUGUGCUCAGAUCCGAGGCCAUUGCAAAGACAGCGAGGCGGCAUGGUGCUGGCUUUCUCAGCUCUCGAUGGACGUCCAUCCGCUCCUGAUUUCGACUAUAGUCCCACCUUGCAGGACUGGGUGACAGCCACUGACAUCCGUGUGGUCUUCCACCAAAGGACAAAAGACGGGUGGAUGGAUGAAGGACACGGGACGGACCACCCAAGGUGGAGAUUAGGAUCCGAAAACACUCUACCAUUUUUUGCUACAAAAAACUCAGACGUGAUCACGCAGAAGAAAACAGACAAACCUCAAAGGAGGGGUCAUCAGAAGAACUCACAUCAAGAUAAAGAUGGACUCAAUGCCACCAGCAAGGACAGCGGGGACAUUUUCAGUUCAGAUAUGUCCUCAAAGAAGUCCGUGAGAGCCGGAAAGUUUGGCCGCAAGAUGGAGCGAGACCACUGGCUGCUUUGCCCCAAAGGCGACUGCAACUGGACCCUGGAGGGCCGCCACACUGGGGGCAAAGAACUCAGGAAGCGCAGAAAUAACCACCAGAGCGCCCGGCAAACUUCCAGGCAUCUGAUGGUGGUGCCUUCCACCCCGGCCGCCCCCACGCCUCUGGCCCUGUCGGACCUGCAGGUGGGCGGCAGGUGCAAGUGCAACGGGCACGCUUCUAAGUGUCGCCGUGACGAUGCCGGGCAGGCCUUGUGCGUGUGCGAGCAUCACACGGCGGGCCCAGAUUGCGACGUGUGCGAGGAUUUCUACUUUGACAGACCCUGGCAUCGAGCCACACCCUCGCAGCCCAACCCUUGUGUGGCCUGUGAGUGUAACGGCCACUCCAGCAAGUGUCGAUUCAGCAUGGAGGUCUUCCAGCAGUCCGGACGCCGUAGCGGGGGCGUCUGCCUCAAGUGUCGCCACCACACCGCCGGGCGCCACUGCCAGUACUGCCAGAAUGGAUACACCAGGGACCUUAGCAAGCCGCUGCACCACCGCAAGGCUUGCCAGCCAUGCCAGUGCCAUCCUUUGGGGGCGGUGGGCCGCUGGUGCAACCACACGUCGGGUCAGUGCCUGUGCCGACAAGGGGUGACGGGCCUCAGGUGCAACCGCUGCGCCCCGGGCUAUAAGCAAGGCACGUCGCCUCUGCGCCCCUGUGUCCGCAUCCAAGAAGUCGCCCCAACACCAAUGUUCCAGUCUCAGUAUGGCGUCGAUGAGGAGUGUGUGUCCCACUGCCAGCCAUCGCAGGGCAAAGUGAGGAUGAACCUAGACACGUACUGCCUGAAGGAUUAUGUCCUGAAGGUGCAGGUGCGAGCAAUGGAGCGCUCAGGUCCCUGGUGGCAGUUCUCCAUCUCCGUUCAAACCGUCUUCCGCACGGGGUCCACAUCCCGCAUCCGCAGGGGACCCCAGUCCCUGUGGGUCCCUGACCGGGACCUCUCCUGCGGCUGCCCCACCCUGCACGUUGGCCGGACCUUUCUGCUGAUCGGCGCAGACGAGGGCGAGAGGGGAUGGGCCCCUGAGGAGAGGCGCCUGGUGGCCGAUCGCUCCACGCUGGCCCUCCAGUGGCGGGAACACUGGAGCCCCAAGCUGAGGGGCUUUCGGGGGCAGGACAAGAGAGGGCGCUGCCCCAGUAAACCCUCCCACCCCCACAGGAAGGACCCUGAUCCGCAGACGGGGUACAUCCCCCCACACCUGCUGGCCCACACGGACGCUGGAAGCUCGGACAACGAGGUCACGACCUUGUCGCCACCUGACCUUGUGGUUACGACACAAGGUCACACAUGAACAUGAAAAUUGGUGGCCAUUUUGUUUUUUUGUGUGUUUUUUUUACACGCUUUGCCUCCUUUUGUCGCACCAAAGUGCCUUUCAGUCCUUGUCAUAAAGUUGUUGUUAUAAUAGAAUUAUAUCUUUCCUAUUUAUUGUGAACGUCACAC